AUGACAUCACGGGCGACUGAGCUCCCCGAGGGAGAUUCGCGACGAAGUUCCGAUGCUCCAGAGGAAGCUGUGAACGGACCCAUGCUUGCCGACAAUUUCGAAGAUGACACAAGUGAUUUUGAAAGUGAAUACUCUGAUCUCACCUCAUUGUCUUCAAGUAUUUUGAAUUAUGAGUAUCAGAAUGGACGACGAUACCACAGCGGCCGGCUUAGUAACUAUAUGAUGCCAAAUGAUGAAGAAGAACAAGACCGCAUGGACCUGGUAUGGUUUCAAUCUCCCUUUCAUGACUUGAACUAUACGCUGACUAUCGAAGGCACAUCAUAUGUACGCUUCGUGAGCCCCCAUGAGGUCUCUUUUGUUAACAUGACAGUUAUUAGAUGGCUCUUAUUGAUGAAAGGAGAACUCUACCAAGCCCCCGUCGAAAAUCCCCAGAAAAUAUUGGACUUGGGCACAGGGACAGGCAUUUGGGCCAUCGAUAUUGCAGAGAAAUUCCCAGAAGCCCACGUUAUCGGCACUGAUAUAAGUCCCAUCCAACCCAGCUGGGUAUGUCCGAAUCUUGAAUUUGUGAUUGAAGAUUUUGAAGACGAGUGGGUAUACGAACCUGGAAGCUUUGACUUCAUCCAUGCGCGAUUACUUGCAGGCUGCAUCGCGGACUGGCCAAAAUUUUUCCAGAGAUGCUACGAAUGUCUCAAGCCAGGGUCAUAUUUUGAAAUACAGGAAAGCGCAGUGUGGAUAUGGAGUGACGAUGGUAGCUGUCCAGUCGACUCUCCGCUUUUUGAAUGCGUCAAGGCAAUAGAUAUCGCCUCGAAUGCGAAUGGGAAGCCCUGCAAUAUCUAUCCGUUCCUAAAGGAUUGGAUGAUUGGUGCCGGAUUCGAGGACGUGCAACAGCUUAUUUACUUCCUGCCCUACUCUCCUUGGCCAAAGGAUCCAUAUCUCAAGGAGAUUGGAAAAUACCAGCUUAUUCAGGCACAGCAAGGUGUUGAAGCGUACUCAAUGAGAUUGUUUACAGACGUUUUGGGCUGGGGUGAGGAUGUGUCUAGGAUCUUCCAUGCACAGGCGAAGCAACAGCUUCGUGAUAAGCACAUGCAUGCUUAUGUUAAAGAGUAA